UCACCUAACAUUCUCCUUUUUCUUUAUUCAAGUGUUCCAAGAAUCAAAACCCUGCCUCUCCCUCUCUCAUAACUGCUCUGAUCUCCGGCGACAAAAUGGACGGUAGGAGGCUGUUCGACGGCGGACCCACCGGACAUUCAGAUUCCGAUAACCGAAACGGUGUCGUAAGGCAUGGUACUAGUAGUAAUCUCUCACUUCAACCUAACUACAGCUUACCGAAAGUGCAGGAAGCACUGGAGCACUUCGCAUCUAUCGAUCUAAUAGAACUAUGCAAUGAAGCAAAAGUUGAGCAUUGUCGGGCAACACGAGAUUUAAGAAGCUGCGGACGCUGUGUUCAAAGUGUGUUAACGUCAUGUGGCCACGCCUCUUUAUGUGAAGAAUGCAGCCCGCGAUGUGAUGUUUGCCCGAUCUGCAGAUUUCCCAUACCAAAAACCGGGAACAGACUCUCUCGACGUCUAUUUUACGAGUGCAUUGAAGCUGGUCUUAUUUCCAAAAGGUAUGACGAUAGGUUUCAAGAAAAAGACGACGAGAAACAAGCAACGGCUGAUGUUGAACGGCUGUAUUCGUUCUUUGAUGUUGCGUUGGAGAACAAUUUGCUAUCGUUGAUCUGCCAUUAUAUAACAGAUGUUUGUAUGGACGAAAGUGCAGUUUCCAGUGACCCGGUUGUCGCGUUGUUACUGGAUGAAGUGGUUGUUAAAGACUGGUGCAAGAGGACAUUCAAAAAUAUUAUUGCUGACCUUCAGCCUAUAUAUAAACUUAACGUUGACGAAAUGAAGGAAAAGUCAAGUGUGCUUCUAAAGUUGACAGUGAGGCUAAGUGGCAUAUCUACCGUACUCGAAGAAUUGGAAUCUUCGUUUAAAGAUUCCCUUUCUGCACAGCUUCAUGAUAUUCACCACCUACAAGAGAGCAUACUAAAGACAAAACAGCAUAUGGAGAUGAUGAUUUGGUACACACGGCAUGAGUUUCUCGAAAAGCUAAAUCGGCAUGAUAGUUUCUCAUCUUGGCGUUCUGAUUUUCGCGAGAGAAAAUCAAUGGCAAUAAGACGUGCAUGGCCGUCCCCUAUUGAAACCUCAACGACAGAUGGCGGAAUCUUGUUCAUUGAAGAUGCUUUAUCAAAUCUCGAAACGCAACAAGAGGAUACACCUGAUAGAGAGUAUGAACUAGAAAUCGCGUCUCUGCCGAAAGACGGAGGCCUUUCGUUUUCUCGAGCCAAAAUAGAGGGUAUUACGGGAAGUUAUCCGUUUGAAAACGUGAGAUCAGCUGUUGACGUUCUGUUUUUAUACGGAAGCUCAGAUCUGGUUGUAGCAAAACAAGCUAUUUUCUUAUAUUAUCUGUUCGAUCGGCUCUGGAAAAUACGUGACGAUAAAUGGAGAUUUUGUGUAGAUGAUUUUUCUGCUACGUUUAAUAUAGCGAGGCAUUCGAUAUUGGAAUCGUUUACUUUCUAUCUGCUUGAUGACCACAGUGAUGAGGCCCUGCAGGAAGCCUGUCGUCUUCUCCCAGAGAUCGCGGGCCCCACAACACAUCCGAAAGUAGCACAAGUGUUAUUAGAAAGACAAAACGCUUACGCAGCUCUUAUGGUUUUAAGAUGGUCAGGGAGUGAUAGUGGGACCGAAUUAGUCUCACUUAACGAGGCUGUUACUGCUGUUCGGGUUAGAGUUGAGUGUGGAUUUCUUGUUGAAGCGUUUAUGUAUCAGAGGUCAGUUUGCACAAAAGUUAAGAAAAAAAGAGCGGGGCAAUUGAACGAUGAUUUUGAUGACGGGUUGGAUUGGUUAGAGAUACUAGUAACGGAAAUUUGUCUUCUCUGUAUUCGACGGAAAUUAGUUGAUCGUAUUAUUGGAUUGCCGUGGAAUGUGGAUGAGGAGAAAUAUCUGCACAAGUGUCUUUUGGAUUAUGUUCUUCUCGAAGACCCGUUGACAAACACCGGAAGUCUUCUUGUUGUGUUCUAUCUACAGCGAUAUCGAUACGCGGAAGCAUAUCAAGUUGAUAGGAAGCUUAAAAGCUUUGAGCAGGACUUCAUUGAAAAGAAUCCUGUUGAUGAAGAUGUAAUAAACAGAAUGGUUAACACACAACGUUGGAGAGCGGGAUUAGUUGACAAAAGCAUACAUCUACUGCCAGAAGUUGACCAACAAAAGGUCAAAAACGGAGAAAUGACCGAAAUAAACCCACCACAGAGUGACGACAACGUUCUCAAAAACCCCAAUCUUCUCGAUUCUACCAACUUAGCUCCUUCUCACAUUAACUCUUCUAUUCUUCUUCAAUUGGAUAAUGAAACCGAAACCCCGUCACCCAAAUCAAAUUUCGUUGGAUUGACAAAUUAUAGCACACCCAUUUCAAAACCGAACACCUUUAGUGAUACAGAAAGAGGAAUGAGCAUACUUAAACCUGUCAUCAGAUUUGAUGAUAUUACAACAUCCACUACACCGUUGAAAGAAUUUAACCUAGGUUCUUCAAGGGUUCGGAAGAACAAAUAUCACCAAAGCGGGUCGGUUAACCGGAUUUCAAGAUCUGGAAAUAUUGCUACUGCUAAUAUUGAAGAUUCACCUAGCAGUGUUGGUGGGUUAUUUAACGUAAAAGAUUCUGGUAAAUCUGCACGCCUGAGUCGACUCGGUAGAGAUUCUGAUGUGCAGGAUGUUAUGGACGUGUCUUGGAGCAACAAAGAUGAAAGGCUUCCUGUGCAAACAAACAUGAACAGCGGGCCCAGAUGGAGGUCUGAUGAUGCAAGUGACCAUGAAGAUCAGCAGAGCCCCAAUAGGCUGACAGGUGGCGUUUCCACAAGAGUGUUAAGAAGAAACAGGCUCGCUAGAAGAUGACUCCGUUCAAGAUUUUGCGAACCUAAAAAAGUCUUUUCUUACACCCACAGUGAUCCCGUUCAGAUUGAUUAAAGAUCGGUCAUAGUUGAUUGAUGCCUGGUUCCGGAUGGCUUUUUUUGUUUUCUGGUAGUUUUGUAUCUUAUGAUAUGAAGAGGAUGAGUAUAAAUUGUGUUUAUUUGAAACUUGUAUCGUUAUUAAACAACUUAGUUUUGUAUUUAUCAGCAUGUUUUAUCAUAAUCAAUGAAUCUUUUCUCGAAA